AUGGUGACUACGAGACGUUCCAAUCCGGUUCAAAAUGAAACCCAAGGAGAGGUGCAACCUACUAAUCGAGAUGAUGUCCACGGAGAAGCAGAAUCUGCUGCUACUCAGACUCAGCCACCAUUCAAUCACAAUGAGGUUGAAGGAACAAACCCCGAUGGAAACCCCGAGGGGUCAGGGGAGAGAGCCGUACAGCGGAACGAGGACCAUGUGGAGCCCGCUAAUCCGGUUCCACCUACAGACUCCGAAAGAAGGCUGCAGAAGAUGAAACGUGAUGGGAAGGAGUCUCUCAUUGACAACCUUUUUCAGCACAAGGAGUCAAUAUUUACCGAAGUAUCCAACUUCGACCUGCCCAGAAGAUUUAAGGUACCUGACAUCCCUGUUUUUUCAGGUAGUGAAGAUCCGGUGGAGCAUUUGGAUAAUUUUCGCUCUCACGUAUCCUUGCACAAGACACCUGACGCUGUAGCAUGCCGAGCCUUUCCUCUCCCCCUGUCAGGAAAGGCCCGAGACUGGCUCAGAAAUCUUCCCCCAAGGUCGAUUGAUCGUUUUGACGCUCUUGGAAGGAAAUUCCUGGCCCAGUUCAUGUCCAGAAGGGUACCUACUCUCUGUGCGGCAGGGACUGAACGAGUCUUUAAAAGACUAUUUAUGGAGAUUCAACCAGGAGAAACUGGAGACAGAAAGCGCACCAGACGACUUCAUUUACGGUGCAAUUUUCCAAGGGUUGAAGAAAGACAGACCGCUGAUGGCGGACUUGGUGUUGAAACCACCGAAGGAUCUUCAUACCUUUAUGGUAAAGAUGGAGAGCAGCAACACCAGCCUUCCACCAAGAAGCCUAAGAAUAAGAAGAAUCCCCAGCCCAUACAGGACGCUGGUCCCGGAGAGUAUAAGAAGGCGAAGAAGAAUUUCAGAGAUUACAAGUGGACUCCAUUAAAUGCCUCUCUCAUUGUGGUGCUUAUGGAACUCAGAAAAGAUCCGAAUUACCAGAGACCGAGACCCAUUCCAGGAGAUCCACCUUGGUGCUUGGCUCACAAAUAUUGUGCCUUCCAUGAUUCAUAUGGUCACUUGAUCGAGCAGUGUGUGUCACUGAGGCAGUUGAUUGAGAAGUUCAUUGAGAACGGGAAACUAGUCCGAUUUCUCGUUAAUGAAAGAAAUCAACAGGAGCGGGACCAAUACCCGUGGCCGAGGAGAGAAGAAGAUCGGAAUGAAAGAAGAAACUAUCAACCGAGACAAGAAGAAAGAAGAGGAAGAAGCAGAGAGCCAGCCCCUCGGCCUCGGAGGGACGAAAGAAGGGAGAGAAGCAGGAGCAGAGCUCAGGUGGAGCAGCAAGGCAACCUUCCUAUCAUCCACACCAUCUCGGGAGGAUUUGGAGGAGGAGGCGAGUCCAAUUCGGCUCGGAAGGCAUACACCAGGCAACUGGAUGAUUUCGAGUUAUAUUCGGUCCAAAAGCCCCCAAAGUUUCAAAAAUAUAACCCUCUGAUUAUAGGGUUCUCGGAUGAUGAUUACGCUGGAGUAUCACUCCCGCACAUAGACGCCCUUGUGAUUACCCUAACAAUAGCAAAUUAUCAGACUCGACGGAUCCUCGUUGACACAGGGAGCUCGGUUGAUAUUCUGUUCAAGUCAGCCUUUGAUCACAUGGAAGUCCCACGAGGAAAGGUGGUCCCGGUCUCAUGCCAAUUACAAGGUUUCGCUGGAGAAAAGGUGUUGCCUCUCGGUUCUGUUGAUCUUCCUGUGACAGCGGGAACUUAUCCGAGGCAAAAGGUCAUUAUGGUGAAGUUCUUGAUAGUUGACAAAGUCUCGGCCUAUAAUGCCAUUAUCAGAAGGACAGCUCUCAACGAAUUAAAAGCUGUGACCUCAACACCGCAUCUCAGUAUGAAGUUCUCGACAGAGGAAGGAGUUGGAGUGGUUAAUGGAGACCAGAAGGAGGCUAGGCGUUGUUACAACUUAUCCUUGAAAGACACCCUGAGGCAACACAAUCUGGAUGAGAAAGCUAAGGAGGACGGGAAAUAG